UAUGAUCCAUAACCAAAAUACAAUCUUGGGUUCAAGAAUUCCACACCCAGAUCUGAUUUUGGUGUUGUUAGCUAGCUAUGUAGCUCUAGUGAACCAUCUGUUUCAUUAAGCUCUUCAAAUUCAAGAACUUUGGUGAAAUAAGAGCCACCCAGAAACAAGAACUUCAAUGGGUGUUUGUUUCAGUGCUCAAUUCAAAGAAAAGAGUCCAUUUCACACAGGGGCAAACUCGAAGAAUGUUAAUGAUCUUAGCACUUCAAGUAGCAGCAAGGUUUCAUCAGUGCCGCCAACACCCCGGAGCGAAGGCGAGAUUUUGCAGUCGCCCAAUCUAAAAAGCUUUAGCUUUUCCGAUCUAAAGAUGGCCACCAGAAACUUCCGGCCCGAUAGCGUGCUCGGAGAAGGCGGGUUCGGUUCGGUUUUCAAGGGUUGGAUCGAUGAGCAAUCGUUCACAGCUACUAAGCCUGGAACCGGCAUUGUUAUUGCUGUCAAAAAGCUUAAUCAAGAAAGCUUUCAAGGUCACAGAGAGUGGCUGGKGAGGCUUUCUACAAAUUUAGCGGAAGUGAAUUAUCUUGGGCAAUUUUCACAUCCAAAUCUCGUAGAACUGAUUGGGUAUUGUUUGGAGGACGAACAACGACUUUUAGUGUACGAAUUCAUGCCUCGUGGAAGCUUGGAAAAUCACUUAUUCAGGAGAGGAUCUUAUUUUCAACCAUUAUCGUGGAGUCUUCGACUGAAGGCUGCUCUUGGAGCUGCUAAAGGCCUCGCUUUUCUUCACAAUGCGAAAACCAAAGUGAUUUAUCGUGAUUUCAAGACUUCUAACGUGUUGCUAGAUUCGAACUACAAUGCCAAGCUCUCGGAUUUUGGGCUAGCCAAGGAUGGACCGACUGGCGAUAAGAGCCAUGUUUCGACUAGAAUCAUGGGGACCUAUGGAUACGCGGCUCCCGAGUAUCUAGCCACUGGUCAUUUGACGUCUAAGAGUGAUGUCUAUAGUUUCGGGGUUGUUCUUCUUGAAAUGUUGUCGGGUCGAAGAGCGGUAGACAAGAACCGGCCAUCUGGCGAACAUAAUUUGGCCGAGUGGGCCAAACCCUACCUGGCCCACAAGCGUAAACUGUUUCGUGUUAUAGACAACCGUCUCGAAGGCCAGUACACGCUCGAUGGAGCCCAUGCGGUCGCAAACGUAUCGUUACGGUGCUUAUCGGUCGACCCCAGGUUCAGGCCCAGCAUGGCGGAAGUGGUCAAAGAACUCGAGCAGCUUCAGGAUCCAAAGGGAGCACGACCACGACCACGAAGACACUCGAGUCAUGGGAGUCAUGGGACCCGGAAGUCGAGCUCCGGUGACCGUAACACGGCCACCGAUGGCGGUGGGCCCGGGCCUCAGACUCAAGCUUCUAUUUGAAGAAAGUGAAUCUUGAAAAGAAGACUAAUUUAGGCCAAAUGAUUGUAUAGUUGUUUGGGAUUAACUAAGCUUGAGAAGAGACCAUCUCUCUUGACCCAAUUUGUAAGUUGAGUUUGUUUCUAAAUUCAAGUAAAUUACAAAACUCA